AUGGAGGCGACAUUCUCGGCCAUUACUCCAACCGAGUCGAAUGAUGGAGAUACAAUUAUGAGAUACUCACCAGUGCCAACAAUUAUACAACCAUACCCUAAUAACAGCUCCAGAAUGGAGGAGCCGAGUUCACCGGCGUCGAUAUCUCGACCUUCAUACACACCGCAGUUCUCAUCAGCUUUGUGGAUCUUGGAUCGUUUGAAGAAUACACAGGGACCUACAAGCUCAAAUUUUCCAAUUCUUGUAAAGGAUGCACCACAGACUUCAAGUGGGGAGAAGAGUGAGACGGGUGAGAAGCGGGAUUCGAGCAUGAGUGACACGCUACCAAUGCCCCUAUCACCAACCCACCCCUCAUUUGGCAGCGUUGAGAAUAUCAUGGCGGCAAACUCUCGUCUGGUGGGAUUAAAGAGAAAGCGAGAGCAACAAGUUGAGGGGGAUGAUUUCACUCAGAAUACAAUGUCACUUCCUAUACCUGCUCCACAACCCGCGGCAGUACUAGCAACAACAGCAACGCUGAGUAUCACGCCGCAAAGCAGCUACAUGAUGUGCUCCAAGUGUCAUCAAGGCUCAUCCACAUCACUCAGUCCACUCCUUUCUUGCGGCAACUGCUCUCAGUUAUGGCACCAAGGCUGUGUAUCACCGUCAAUAAUAAAAGAGGAAGAGUCACAACAAUCCUUGAAGUUUACGUGUCCAUCAUGUUUGAGUGCGACUGAAAUUGAGGCAAUGGAUCACAGCAAACAAGAAUCUCAGCACCAAAAUGAAUUAGAAAGGCGGCGCGCUAGGAAUUUGGCAACUCUCAAUGGAGAUGCCGUUCCGGCCAAAGCAGAGCACGUUGGUUUCUGGGCAGGACAGGCAUCGGAUGCGGCGUUGACGGAGUACUUUUACGGGAAAAAGAAGACAGACUUGUUGAACAUUUUAUCAUUUUGCGAUCAGCUCAGGCCGCAGUUGCUGGUCGACAUCAUGGUCUCUGUUGCCAAGAAGCAUUCGGACCUACCAAUUUUCGACUCUCCAAACUGGAACGCGGAUACACUCAGCAGUGUUAGAAUUAACAGGAUAAAACACUCGCAUCAGACUGUCCGGUCUGUUACGCGGCCGCGCCACGGACACACCAUACUAGAAUCAAGAACGAAGAACAAGCACAAGAUUUCUAAAAAGACGGUCAAGAUAGCGCCGGUCAUCCAAGUCGAAGAAUCGCCAUUGAUGGACGAUGGGGAUGCCCUCCCGCCAAUGUGGCCAAAAGCCGGCGAAGGCCUGUAUGCAAAACUUUCUCCAGAAGAUGAAGAUCGAGCAUUUCUGCUGGACGAUAAUGACGAGGAGGCAUUUAGCCAUUUCGGCGUGGACAAGUUUGGCAAGCAAAUAGCGAUUCCUGUAAGUGCCUGA